GGAGUGUGUGUUGGGACAGUGUAGAGGGAGUUUCAUUCUGUGUCUGACACCGGGAGUGUGUGAUGGGACAGUGUAGAGGGAGUUUCAUUCUGUGUCUGACACCGGGAGUGUGUGUUGGGACGGUGCAGAAGGAUCUUCACUCUCUUCCUGAUCUGUAUUUGACCUGUUAGGACGGUGUUUAUCAAGUAAAUAGUUGUGAGCUGAAACGAAAUCGGGGCCUGGGACAGCGGUCUGGAACAUGGGAGCGGAGUUUGGGAAAGCAGGCGUGGCCUAUGUUUUGUGGGCGGAGUCUGGUUGAGUGGGCGGAUCCUGUGACAUGGGGGCGGGGUCUAGGAGAGCCCCAGAGUGAGCGGGGCGGGACUCCAGUUCACUGUUGGUCUUGAAGUCUCAGCAGAGGCUCAGUCCCCGUGGCCCGGCAAGCAGAACGGAAGCAGCGUGGUACAGGGCGAUCCCGAACAGACGGAGGGGGAUCCCGCAACCGGUUACAAGAGAGAUCGAGUACGCCGGGACAGUGGAAGAUCUCAUACUCAGCACAGGCAGAUCCCAGCGCCCAGAGACGGGGAGACACCACAGCCCAGGCACAGGAGUCCCGGAGGAGAGCUGCCGAAGGUAGACUCGGAGCGCUGGUUUCGAGGGAGGUCGCGACAUGCUGAUCGCCCAGCGGAGGAAGGAGUAGCAGGCUUGAAGAGAGAGCUUUCCCCCUCUCCCACCCCAGCACCAGACCCUUCGCUCCCACCCCAUAUUCCGUCCCGUCGUAUCCCAAACCCCGGACUCUCCCUCCCCUCCCACUUCGGGACUCUCCUCUCCCACUCGGAGUCCCCCCACCCCAGGCACUCCGGGACUACUCCCCACCACCGCCCCAGGACCUCCUCCCACUCUCCCUUCCCCUCACUCCAGGAGACCCCUCUCCCCUCCGAGAACUCCCGUCUCAACCGGGACCCCGCUCCCGUUCCCUCUCCCAGCCCGGGCGGCCCCUCGAUGCUCCGCCGCCCCGCACCUUUCCGGCAUGAGAUCCCUCCAAAACGACAGCAGAGGCAACAUCAGUUUGCAGACGGACUCGUCAGGGAAGGGCGCCUUCCCGCUCAUCCCCACCCUCAUGUUCGUCUCUGGCGUGGUGGGCAACCUGGUAGCGAUCGUCGUGCUUUCGAGGAGCCGCCGCGAGCAGCGGGGAACCACCUUCUACACACUGGUGUGCGGGCUGGCCGUCACCGACCUGCUGGGCACCUGCCUGGCCAGUCCCAUCACCAUCGCCACCUACCUGCGCGGGGAAUGGCCAGGGGACGACGCUCUGUGUGAAUAUGCCUCCUUCGUCCUGCUCUUCUUUGGCACGGCCGGCCUCAGCAUCAUCUGCGCCAUGUCUUUGGAGCGUUACUUCGCCAUCAACCACGCUUACCUGUACAGUCAGCACAUGGACAAGCGGCUGGCCGCCCUCACCCUCUGCACCAUCUACGCGGCCAACACGCUCUUCUGCGCGCUGCCGUCCUGCGGCCUCGGACACACCGUGCAUCAGUUCCCACAAACCUGGUGCUUUAUCGACUGGCGAACCAACCACAGCCGGCACGCCGUCUACUCCUACAUGUACGCCGGCUUUAACUCCUUCCUCAUCCUGGUCACGGUUGUCUGUAACGUACUGGUGUGCGGCGCGCUCAUCCGGAUGCACCGACAGUUCGUGCGCCGCACCUCGCUGGGCGCCGGCGCCGGCCCGCGGCCCUCCCUCACCCGGCGGCAGGGCAGCUUCAGGCGUCUGGCCGGCGCCGAAAUCCAGAUGGUCAUCUUGCUGAUCGCCACCUCCGCCGUGGUGCUCAUCUGCUCCAGCCCGCUGGUGGUGCGGGUGUUCAUCAACCAGCUCUACCGGCCGCCAGUGGUGCAGGACCUAGAACUGAACCCAGACCUUUGGGCUAUCCGCAUCGCCUCCAUCAACCCAAUCCUGGACCCCUGGAUCUACAUCCUCCUGCGCAAGGCCGUGCUCAAUAAGCUGGCACAGAGGCUCAAGUGCCUGUUCUGCUGGUUGGGGGGGCGGCAUUCCCCCGGGAGGGUCCACUUCCGCCACUUCUCCUCCCGUCAGGCGUCCAUCCAGCUCUUUAAGGAACCGGGCAAUGGCCACACCACACAUACCCUGCUACCGCUGAUGGAGAUUGCGGGUGGCACUGGGGAGGGGCAAACCCUGCCCAGGACACACCAUGCCCCGGUAAACCAUUCAGACAAGGAACCCCUGGGGGGAGGUGGCCCUCUGAGGGUGAUCUUCACUGCUCAGCAGGCAGGACAGUUGGCGGAGAGGUGCAUUUAACACAGACUGGAGGGAGAGUGUCUGUAUCUAGGGGUCUGAGUGAUAAAAGUGUGGGCAGAAAUGUGCCUGUGGACAGUAGCAGGGAUUAUGCCCCCUGGGGAAGGCGCAAAGAGAGGAGCAGAGAGCUGGCAUUGUUGGGGGUUUUCUGUCCCCUCCCAUCUCCCUUUGCCCACCCUCUCUAACUUACUCCCCCCUCUUCCUUCCUCCCUUCCUCAUUUCCCUUUACUCUCCCCACCCACCACCGCGCGUGGCAGGCAGCCCGAGGUAAAUGCUCUCUUGGUUGUGAGAGGGUCUGGCCGGAGUAGUCUGGAACACUGGAUGGAGGGUGUGGGGGGGUUUAUGCACCCCUGCCCAACCCCACGGUAGGGAGUUUACCUUUGAUGCUGUGGGGGUGGGGGUGAGAAGGCUCUUCUCUGUGAGAAGGAUAGAUUUGCGACGGUCACUGUGUUAACGCCGCUCAAAACUGUCACGUUGGUUCUUUGAAUCAUUAAAGGCAACCCAUAGAUUGAA